UGAUUAUUAUACUCCAUUUGUCUAUUUGAUACGUGUCUCGGACAUUGAUUUUAAUCUGUGUUUUGUCCAUGUUACAGUUGGCGAUAUAUUGUGGUACGCACUAGUAUUAGAUGUAUACGAAAGUAAAUCUCAACCACUCUCAACCUUUAAUAUAUACGAGCUGAUAUCAACUCUCACCGAUAAGAAUAUGUUUGCUGUGUACACGAACCUCCUGCGGGUUUAUAGAUAAAACUAGAUUUCGAGCGGAUACCGAUUUGGACGUAUGUCAACUGCAUAAUUUGGCGAACUCAUCACGGGAAACAUACAUUUACAUAAAAUAAUGGAAUAUUGUAACAAUGUUCGUCAGGCAACGCCUGACGACAAGCCAGCUGUGUUACAAAUGCUCGACGGGUUAGAUUAUCUAUUUGAAUAUUAUGAUUAUUUUCAAAACAGCGAGAAUGUGACGCCAUAUGUCUAUACGGAAAAUGGGAAAAUUCUCGCAUAUGUAGCUUGUUGUCGUGUGGAUAAUGGAGAGACCGCUGUAAUUAGAGGAGGUCGAGUUUGUCCUGGUCACCAAGGCAAAAAUGUAUUUAAGCGUUUACUAAAUGUGGUAGAUGAUAUUCAAAAAAGUGACGGAGUUAUUCAACGUUAUGCACAAUUUAGAGAUCAUGUGCAGGUGCCAUCAGAGAGUUUCUUGAGGACCUAUAAGCAGAUUGCAUCGAAGCCAUUACAGAAGUUCAGGUAUAAGAGAAGCAACAUUUCAUGUGAAUUAUUGUUGAAAACAUCUGAUUGCAUAAGUAAAGUAAAAGUAAUAGACAACAUACCAUUCGAAUUCCUGUCUUCUCCAUACAGUAAUUAUUUAUUUCCGGAAGGACGUGUUAUUGUGGAAUGGGUACCAUUUCGUUUUCAAGAAACAAAUAUUCCAUUGUUCAAAGGAAGGAACACAGUCUUCGUUUCAGAUGUCAUGCUUAAUAAAACAGACACAGUACAGGAAACUGAUAAAACGGCAAAACAUCAAGAAAAUGAUUCAAAUCUUCCACAAAAUGCAUCUGAAGUACAAGGUCUCUUGUCUGCAAGUACCAUUUAUAAAGAACAGAAUGAGAUAGACCUGUCAUGUGUGUUAGACAUUUUCGGAAACGACAUUGGCUCUCUAAGAAAUCAUAUCAUCUGGCAUUUGCAAAGGAUUGAAACUACAGGCCUAGAAGAUAUCAUUGUAACAGUAAUUACAACAAAGGGUGUGUUUGAACAGCCUUUACUAGAGAAAGUUCUGGACACGCUUGGAAUAGACAUGAAGAAUGGACCAAUAAGAGGACAGUUUAAAGAGCCAACUGUUUAUGAAACUGAGAGCAUCCAACAAUAAAGUGGUAUUUACAUAUAUGCAGAAAAGCGAUCUCUAUCUGACAUUAACUAUCAUGCUACAAAGUAAGAAAGAUAUUGCUUAUCUAAUUAGCGUACAUGUUGUUAUGGAGGCAGUUUUACAUAUUCAGGAUUUUCAACGGGACUCUUUCCUGUCCUUUUUGUAUUUGUCAAGUAUAAUAUUGUUAAGUAUAACAAUUACAACAAAAAUUUCUGCGGAUUUCUGCAUAAUAUCUAUUCUUUGUCGCUGAUUUAUUUCGUAUAUGGUAUCAUUUAUGGUGUCGUUAAUGAAUGUUAAGAUAUGAACAGUUCCAAGUAGUUCUCAGAUCUCACAGGGAUUGAGUUGUUAAGAUACAUAUUUGUCUGCGUCAUCUCUUUAAUGGUAUUUUUCUUGAUAUCCCGUCUUCAGCAAAGACAUUGAGUACACGCGUUUAUAGUGUUUAUUUCAAUUUGCAAGAACAUUUUACAUUUCAUGCCGUCUGUUGCCAAGGCAUUUACUUACUGACCUUCCAGUGACUUUGGGACAUUUGUGGGAUUACCUUACCAUAACAGGUAGUGUUCUUGCUACUGACCGUUGCAAAGCUGCGCAUCACCGUGUUCCAUUUCAUUGCUGUGUGUGUGAUUUGCUUUGACUGCGUUUUUGUGUGUGCGUGAUUUGGUUGUGUUGCGUUUCCAUGCGUGCAUUGUUGUGGGUUGCAGUUUGGAAGGCUUUGACUUUGGACCAUAGCAUUUCCAGUUGGAUAUUUAUCUUUGAUUUAGAUAAAUCAUUAUGUGAUGUAUGAUACAUACUUGUAAGCUUUC